AUGAUUAAGGCGCAUGAUCUUCCAUUAACGAAUCUGUCAUUUAAUAAAACUGGCAGUCACAUGGAUACCACGGCCAAGGUGUGGGACCUUGAGACGGGCGUCGAGAUGGCCAGUCUGUGUGGUCACACGGCAGAAGUGAUUGCGUUACACUUUGUCGGUCGAGACAACCGCCUCCUCCUGACUGGCAGUUUUGAUCAUACUGCAGCGUUGUGGGAUCAUCGCACCGGUCGUCGCGUCCGCCAUCUUAGCGGACAUUCGGCAGAAGUGGCCGCAGCUGCCUGCUCCUUUGAUGGACGUUUUGUCGCAACCGCGUCGAUGGACAAAACUCUCCGAGUCUGGGAUACACGCAAAGGAGCCGAACUAGCCAUACUCCGUGGUCACGUAGAUGAAGUCCUGGACGUCUCCUUUGACCUCUCGGGCCGUCAACUAGCCAGUGCUAGUGCCGACGCCACUGCCAUCCUCUGGAGCACCGACCAGGCUGACGAUAUUCACAAAUCCAAGAAGCUCAAAGGUCAUGAGGGUGAAGUGAGCAAGGUUUGCUUUAGCCCGCGUGGCCACACGCUGAUGACUGCGAGUGCGGACAAGUCUGUGCGUCUGUGGGAUACACUGACGGGCGAGCUGCGAGAUGUGUUGGUGGGUCACAGCGAUGAGGUUUUCAGCUGCGCGUUCAACUACGAUGGGGAUACGAUCAUUACGGGAUCAAAGGACAACACCUGUCGAAUUUGGCAAUAG